AUGUAUUUCCUCCUCCUCCAUUUGUCUCUGUUGGACCUUUGCUGUUCCUCAGUUACCAUCCCACAGAUGUUGGCACACCUCCUUUCUAGGCAUAAAGCCAUACUCUUUGUCCGGUGCUUCCAGAUGUAUAUUUUCCUGGUGUUUGGUAUGGCAGAAUUUGUGCUGUUGGGUCUCAUGGCAUAUGACCGCUACAUGGAAAUUUGCCACCCCUUACACUAUACCACCAUCAUGAACUGGCACUUCUGUAGUUGGACUGCUUGGUUGAGUGGCUUCCUCAAUUCCCUCAUUGUCGAUGCUUUUGCUUUGCGCCUGCCAUAUUGUACCAAAAACCGCAUCAAUCAGUUCUUUUGUGAGGUACCGGUUGUGAUCAAGCUGGCAUCUGCUGACUCCUCAGAGGCAGAGAUAGUUGUGUUUGUCUUUGGCUUCAUUCUUCUGCUGCCCCCUUUCAUCCUCAUUACUGCCUCCUAUGCCCGCAUUGGGAUUGCCAUGUUGUGCAUUUGCUCAGCUGAGGGCCAACGCUGUGCUGUCUUGACCUGUGGCUCGCAUCUCCUGGUGGUGAGCCUUUUCUACGGCACAGCACUCUUUGCCUACAUGAGGCCCAGCUUGGUCAGUUCUGCCACAGGCCAGGAUAAGGCUGUGUCUGUGUUCUACAUGGUGGUCACCCCCAUGAUGAAUCCCCUCAUCUACAGCCUUAGAAACAAGGAGGUAAAGGGUGCUUUGAGAAAAUUAUUAAGCAAGAAAACAACCUCUCCAAAGACAUGA